UGGUCGGUGUACGAGCUAGAUGGAUGCACGAACAGUUUUCGUAGGGUGAGUACUUUUUCAUGUACCGGUACUGAUGAUGUAGCACUGAAUGCGGCAAGUAGGACUCGCCCAUCCGCCCCUCCCCACCUGGACUGAAAAGCUGAAGCGCAGCGUCGAGGAGUGCAGCGAUAGGUCCUCUUCAGUACUCCAGCAGUCCCAUCAACCGAUCCAUAUUAGCUGCCCGCUACAUCAUCUCGGAUUCUAGCAGUAGUCUAGUAGUAGUACGUCCGAGUCCCAGGCACUCGGACUCGGAGCCAGCCAACCAGGACGUAUCGUAAAUCGGGAGCGGGCGUAUUUUCUCGAAAGGAUAGCAAGAUUGUGCUCUGCUAGAGUCCUGGUGGCCACUGAUGUGUAUCAGGUGGGACAUCAGCGUCAGCCGGAACUACCCACGCCACAGUGAUUGGUCAUACUGUUGACAGUGAUCGGGGACAUUGUUGUUCUUAUCCCAAAUAUGGAUGACGAGUCUCAGCUCUCUGACAUGACAGCAUGGGAGAGUGACGUCUUCACAGAACUUCGGCCUAAGCUGGGUUCCACGCUAACUCCAGAUGAUAUGCGUCGCCAGUGUGAGGCUAAGAAGUUGAUUACGCGUGCACAGAGUAAGCUAUUUGCAUCAUACAUUGGCCCUGCAGCGCAGAAUGAGGCAUUGCUCAAUGCACUAAGCACUGGUGAUGACGAAUCCUUCCACACCUUCCUUGAAUGCAUCCGUAAAGUCGAGCCACCAGCCAGCGCGAGAAGGUUAUUGGCCAAGCUGGAACCUGUCGACAAAUUCCGCAGCACUGCUGAGGCCGCAUCAGCGUCUGCAGGAGCAUCCGCUGCUGAUCCAGUGGUCUAUGAUGACCCAUUCAACCACCCCGACUAUGUGGCGAAAAUCGACGUGCCAUUGAAAGAUCUUGACGGUGUCGAAUUAAGGCAGAGGUUGCAGAAGAAGGGAUUACUAACCAAGAGCCAAGUGAAGAGGUUGGAGAAGAUGUCGAGCGAAACGCAUAACAACGAGUUGAUCGGGUGGAUUCAGUCGUCACGUCGCCAUGGAUAUGUUGCGCUGUGCGAGGUUAUUCAGGAGUUGACAGUUGUUGACCCAGAACUGUUGAAAGACAUGAAAAACCUGCUGUAACCCGAGUGACGUGUGAAAAAGGAUGAUGGUGAUGGUGGCCAUGAUUGAUCAACACUGGAUCGCGGCGAGAAUUUGUUCUGUCUGUCUCUCUCUCUCUUCCUGUGAGUCCUUCUGUCUGUCUGCCGGUACGUCUUUCUGUCCGUUUUUCUGCUUCACCUCAGACUCUAGACUGAGCUCUCUCCUUCACUUUCUCUCACUCUCGCUUGCUUUCGCUCUCACCCAGUCUCCCGCGCCCACUCACUCAUUAAGUCGCGAUAUUCUUCAUUUGCCUGCUGCAUUCGCUAUCGUAAGCACUACAUCCUUUGAGUAUGCCUUUCUUCUUCUUCUUUUUCUUCUUCUUCUUCUUCUUCUUCUCGGCCUUUCAAUUGCUACAUGACUCGCUAGAGACUGCUCUCCCUUAGCUUCUACCUAGCUCCUUUUAUUGGUACAUGAUCACAAAGUAUUUUUUUCACUUCUUAGCAGCAGGAACCAGAAUGCUGGAUUUCCCCGCGCGUGCCCUUCGCUCCAUGCACAGUACCUGACCCAUGUGUAGAGUCUAUAUAGCUUGUCUGAGUUGUGUUGAAUUGUCAUUCAAUUUCUUUUUAUUCUCAAAAACAUAUACAUAUAUCUCUACAUUCUAUCUCUGUGACUUAGAACCUCGCUUUAGGUCCGUAUUUGCUUUAGGUCAGUAUUUGCUUUAGGUCCGUAUUUGACUAUUUGAGCUUAGACACUGCUGGAAAAGCAGUGCACUAGUCUGACGUCAUCAUGUCGAAUAGCGGAACAUGUUGUAAAAAUUCUUUUCCGGUUGAACCGGUAUACUCAUAGAAUUAUCAGCUUCUGCGCGGCCUCAUUUCUGCCUAUCCUUUUUCACUUUGGCUGCCCUUUUUCACUUUUUUGCAAUGCUUUUUCAAAUGGCAACUUCUUUAAUUCUUCUAAGGAAGUGCAAUUUUCACAGCAGCCAUUUUCACAAAAUAAUUGCUGUUGCCGGUUGAACCGGUAUGCGUAAUCACAUUCUGCUCGUCUUUUAUUCCUGCACUUGCUUUUCAUUUUUACUGUUUCUUUGCCUUCGUACUUCUAUUUUCAAAGCACCUUUUAUUUCAUUUUUCAAGGCACCGCAAUUUCCAAGGCACCCAUUUAUAUAAAAUGAUUUUUAUACUUUUCUAAAGCACUGGCACAUGGUAUCUUUUAAACUGCAAAUCUCGCCCUAGAUUCAUUCAUCUUGGGAAAGGAGGGGGUAUGACUCUCUCGUUUUCACGUGGA